AUGUACGACUGGGGAGGGAAGUGGACGUGCGGGGAGAUUUACCGGCGACGUAUGCAAUGGGCUGUGACUGUAUUAACACGUCUGCUCUACGGAGGGCAGCCGCGAUCACCUGGCCCCCAGAGCGGAGGCCCUUUGUCUGGGUCCCCUCUCCCGUCAGUGGAUCGCACCUCCGACUGGUUCCGCAGCGAAGACCCAGUCAUUAGUCCUGGCGGGGGAGGAGGAUGGGGGGAGGGGGGGCUGGUGGCGAGGUAA